AUGGUCUAUUGGCUCUUUGAGGCGCGCGCGGAACGCUACGCGCCGUACGUUCUAGUCUGGUUCUGGUCGGGCGGCAAGUUGCCCUUACUCGCCGUCUGCAGACCUGCGCUUACGGUGGCCGGAGCUGCUGAGGCUGGUGCAAAGAUUGGCGUGCAGGUAAAGCCUACCAAUCAAGCAGAAAAGGCCCAGAAGGGCGCUAAAGAUAACCAGAAGGCUAAUGACGAUACAUCCGGGCAGAUGAAUAAGAAAGCAACCCAGGCCAGAGCUGACGACGAGGAAGCCGAAAUCCAGCAACGCAUGAUAACUAACUUGCUGAGCCGUUUGGGGUCCAUCACGCAAGACCCGGUCAUGCGUCCCAUGUUGUACGGGUCGGAUGACAGCAUGUUCAACGUCGACCGCCCAACUGUUCUUCACUCGGAGAAUAACAGCGAUAUAGAUUACAUUGUCCUACCAAUCUAA